CGGGGUCACACCGGGACCCAGACCUUAAUUAAGUAGACCGGAAGGAAGUUUACCGAGCGGCCGUGAACGUCACACGGCGGGUUCUUUAUUUUCAAUCAAAGUCCAAAGUCCAGCAGAGACCAGCAGGGUCCGACAGAGUCCAGCAGGGUCCAGCAGAGACCAGCAGGGUCCGACAGAGUCCAGCAGGGUCCAGCAGAGACCAGCAGGGUCCGACAGAGUCCAGCAGGGUCCGACAGAGUCCAGCAGGGUCCAGCAGAGACCAGCAGGGUCCGACAGAGUCCAGCAGGGUCCGACAGAGUCCAGCAGGGUCCGGUAGAGUCCAGCAGAGUUCGACACAGACCCCUAAAGUCCAGCAGGGUCCGGCAGAGACCUCCUUGGUUCCUCCAUGGACCUGAAGGAGCUGUGGGCCCACAGGAGGACCGCGGCCCUGGUGGUCUGCGGGGCCGGAGCCGCAGUCCUGGGACUCGGUCUCGGGUACAAACUCCUCCGGAGGCCGGAGACCCGGGUCCGGGUCGGAGUCGUGUCGCAGCUGCUCGUCCACCCCCUGAAGUCCGGGAAGGCCGUGUCCGUGGCCCUGGCAGAGUGUCAGAAGAUCGGCCUGAAGUUCGGCGAGCUGAGGGACCGACACUGGCUGGUGGUGACGGAGGACGGUCACAUGGUCACGGGCCGACAGCAGCCCCGCCUGGUGCUGGUGUCCCUGACCUGCGAGGGGGGGCAGGUUUGUCUGAACGGCCCCGGGAUGGAGGAGCUGAAGUUCCCCUUAACUCAACCGGAGAACAGCGUCAUGGACUGCAGAGUGUUUAGUACUGACAUUCAGGGGCGGGACUGUGGCGAUGAGGUGUCUCAUUGGCUCACCCGUUACCUGGGGGUGGAGAAAACCUUCCGAUUGGUUCACUUCGAGCCCCAGAUGAAGGCGAGGAGGCCGGCCGAGAAGGAGCCGAUGUUCCCGAAGUAUGAGCAGGUGGCGUACCCGGACAUCGGCCCCGUCAUGCUUCUGUCCGAGGCCUCGGUCCAGGAUCUGAGCAGGAAGUUGGACAAGGACGUCACAGUGGAGCGAUUCCGUCCGAACAUCAUCAUCAGUGACUGUGAAGCAUUUGCAGAGGAUUCAUGGGAGGAGAUCCAGAUUGGCAGCGUUCGACUGCAGCGUGUAAUGUCAUGUGGAAGAUGCAUUUUCACGACCGUUGACCCUGAAACUGGCAUCAUCAACAGAAAGGAGCCUCUGGAAACGCUGAAAAGUUAUCGUAUGUGCGACCCGUCUGAGAAACACAUCUACCAGUCGGCGCCGUUGUUUGGUCAGCUGCACACGGUCAAACAGACGGGGAUCCUACAGGUCGGAGACGUGGUCUACAAGAUCAGCCGCUAAAAGAGCGACUCAGACACGGAAACGGAGCGUAAAGCAUUCACACACUACGACGUCUUAGUAUCAGUGGAUAAACGACCAUGUCACCCAUAGAAUAUAUAGUUUAUCUACAGGAAUAAUACAUGCACCAAUAUGUACUUCUAUAUAUGACACCGAAAGAUACUAACUGUGAAUUUAAACUUGUGCUAAUUAAAUGUCAUUAAACGCA